UAUAAGUUCAACAGGAUUAAUAUAUAUGAGUCUCAAACGCGAUCAUUAAGGGCACUUCUUCCUGUCUAUAUUGGUCUAAUUGUUUUUUUUUUUUAAGCUGCAAAUGGCGGACCACUCUAAAGCCACGUCUCAAAAAGCACAAUCUGAGUAUACGAUGCCUAUUGCCUCACCUCCGCCAUAUUCUGCUUCUGCAACUACUGGAACCGGAAGUCAAGGGCCCCUCCUUUAUCACAACUGGCAGGAGACUGUGCCCGAUACAGCAACGCUUCCACCGCCACCGAUCGCUGGGUUUUUCUCCUCAAGUACAGGAAAUGCCUCCUGCGACGAUGCAGAGCGUGCCCACGCUUUUUGUGAUAAGCUUCCCCUGAAUAUUCCCGUCAAGCCAUCUGAUGCUCUGUACAAAUCUGCUCAGGAAUACGAUCUGAACCCUGCAGAGUCACCAAGGUUUGGUGGGAAGCUAUCCGUUGUCAACAAGGGGCACUGGAAAGGGUCCACAAGAGAUGGGAAUGUCGACUGUCUUCUAACUACAGAUUUGCCCCUCUACUUCUCCCUCAAGGAUUCUCCAUUGCUUACCAAAACAAGUAAAACUAUUUACUUUGAAGUAAGACUGCUUGGCCUCCGCGUAGGUCCGCAAGGACAGUCUGCCGAGGCCAGCGGGUUCUCUAUUGGGUUUGUGGCACAACCAUAUCCCAACUGGAGAUGUCCAGGAUGGGAAAGGGGUAGCCUCGGAGUCUUCUCUGAUGAUGGUUGUCGCUUUGUGAAUGACUCGUGGGGUGGGAAGGGGUUCACGAGCAAGUUCAAUGUAGGAGAGACAGUUGGUUUGGGGAUGACAUUUCACUUCCCCACCAUGGCCACCUCGGUUUCGGUGGGUGCAGACACGAAGGUUGAUGUCGAUAUCUUUUUUACCCGUGACGGUCAGAAAGUCGGGGGCUGGAACCUUUACGAGGAGUUGGAUGAGGAUUCUGGAGGGGUAGAGGGUCUAGGAGGAGAUUUCGAUCUGUAUGGCGCCCUCGGACUAUUCGGAGGCGUGGAUUUCGAGGUUUUAUUCAAUCCUGCAGAUUGGUUAUGGGCUCCUGGAGAGGAUAUCUAAUUGUCGCCAUUCUGUGCCUUACAUUGCUCCGGUAAACGCA